GUCUUCCGUGGACACCAUUUCUCUUUUUUUGUGCAGCUACACCUAGUCCCAGUACAACAACAACGAUUUUUGGAAGCUUCGCAAUACUCCGAAACACCCCCACCAUAUGAUGACUUAACUACCAGAAAUUUCCAUCGAUAUCAACAACAUGCCACCGUCCUCGUCGUCGUCUGCGCCCAACAUGCCUCCAAAAACAGAUGA